AUGGGUUUUCAUUGUCCAGGACUUGAAACCAAGGGAAAAUCACAUCUGAAACCUCAAAGCCUAGGGGAAGGGAAGGGCAAUCAAGCUUCAUUCUCUUUAGAAGCAUUUCAAGUCCUGAAACAGUAUGAAAAACGAGUGAAGCAUCUAAACAAGGAAAAAUUGGAAGAACCAAGCAAUAUCAUAGAAUGCAACAGCGCUAAUGUCCUGGCAUUAUCAACAGAAGAAAUCAUAAAGGUCGCAACAGCAACUUCUCUUGAAUACCAUCUCCAAAGAUCUGACAAUCUCCCCAGCUUGUCUUUUGGUUGUGCACCUUAUGAUCUCACCAGUGAUGGUGUGAAAUACGUGGAACUCAUUCAAUUUCUUAUAGCCUCAGCCGAGAAGGUUGGCCAACAGCAAUUUGAUGACGUGAGUGAAAUGCUCAGUAUGUGUGAUCAAAUGUCUUCUGCGACAGGGAAUCCAGUUCAAAGGAUCGUUUACUAUUUCACCGGAGCACUUCGAGAGAGAAUAGAUCGAGAAACUGGGAAAAUAACACCCAGAGGAUUGUUUACUAUUUCAUCUAAUGUGGAAGAGGCGAUGGUGAGCUUGAGUCCUGCCAUUCUUGAAUGUCACCAAAGAAUGCCCUUUUGUCAGAUUGCACAGUUAACCGGAAUCCAAGCUAUUGUGGAAAGCGCAGCCGAUGCAAAAAGGAUUCAUGUCAUUGAUCUAAAGAUUGAUUAUGGGGUGCAAUGGAUAGCAUUGAUGCAAGCUCUUGCGGCUCGGAAUGAUUGUCCCACUGAACUACUUAAGAUAACUGCUUUUGGGACAACAUCAAUGAGUAAAAUUCAGGAGACUGGUAAGAGGCUGGCACAGUUUGCCGAAACUGUGAACUUACCCUUUUCAUUCAACAUAGUUAUGGUUCUCAACAUAAAUGAUCUGAAGAAAGAGUCCUUCGAGUUGGAAGAUGGAGAAUUCAUUGCCGUCUACUCCUCACUCUUUCUUAAGAACUUGUUAACACAGCCUCAUUGCUUGGAAUCCUUAAUGAGGGUAAUAAGAGAUCUUCGACCACAAAUAAUGGUGAUCACAGAACCGGAGGCAAACCACAAUUCACAAGCUUUUAAAGAUCGUUUUGUUGAAACUCUCCUUUAUUUUAGUGCAAUUUUUGAUUGCCUGGAAGCAUGCAUGGACCGGUCUGAUCCAAGUAGAAUGGGAGCAGAAGGUCUUUACUUAAGUUAUGCCAUAAAAAAUAUUAUUGCAAAGGAAGGGAAGGAGAGGACAUUUGAAUGUGUAAAGAUUGAUUACUGGAGGGCUUAUUUAGCAGAAUUUGGAAUGGAAGAGACAGAGCUGAGCAUGACGUCCUUGUAUCAAGCAAUUCAAGUAGUCAAGAAGUUCGCUUGUGGGAGUUACUGCACACUUGAUAUGAAUGGCAAGUGCCUAAUUAUUGGAUGGAAGGGAACGCCAAUUAAUUCCCUUUCUGUUUGGAAGUUCUGUUAG